UGUACCAUCUCGUUAGAGAAAUCCCGUUCGCUUCUUCCAUCGUCACUGAUGUUAUGGCGGACUACAACAAGCACAGCAGCAAGCGGCUCUCCGAUGAUGGAGCAGGACCGGAGGAGAAGGAAGGCAGUGUGAAAACUAAGACUGUCUCUUCCAGCACUGGAGGAGGGGGGAAACGCUCGGCUCAGGUCGUCAGCCCUGGCCCGGGGAAGGUGUCCACCUCGAGCCACCCGGUACCCCCAGCCCCCAAAGUCUCCAAGAUAGGAUUUGGUCUGAUCAGCCAGCCUAUAAAGAAGCCUGCGCCCAUCUCCAUCAAGCUGGGUGCUAGUAAACCCAAAGAGCCUGUACCUGUACCUGCCAAGAAACCAGCUCUGGCCUCGGUUUUCAAUGUUGACUCUGAUGAUAGUGAGGAGGAGAUGCCUGCAGAAGCCAAGAUGAGGAUGAAGAACAUUGGCAGGGAGACGCCCACGUCAGCAGGCCCCAACUCCUUCAACAAGGGGAAGCAGGGAUUCUCCGACCACCAGAAGCUCUGGGAGAGGAAGCUCAAGUCUCAGACGGACACUGACCAAUAGGGCUCCGCCUCAUUGGUUAUUAGUCACAGUAAGACCAGUAGGGCUCGGCCUUACUGGGUUGCUAAUGACAACAGUCAAACUGCACACCGUGUUUGCUUUUGUGUGGAAUGAUGUCACCUUGAUUGAGUUUCUCUUCGUUUGACUGUUGACGAUGGUGUAAAAACAAUGUACAUACUGCUAUGUAAUGAUGGGGAGACAUUCGUGCUAUCAAGCAUAUUUUUUUGUUUUGUUUUAAGCGUGUGUGUGUGUGUGUGUUAUAUAGCAGACUGGAGUGGGUGUAGUUCAGAGCAAUGAGGAUAUGUUUUGGGAAAGGGAACUUUAAGACAACUUAAUAAUAGUUUGACUCAUCUAGGAUAUAUCACUACUUUAUAACAGUCCUAACAGGGUUUUCAACCCUGGCCUUUCCCUCACUGUCUGUCAUGCCUUUACAGAGUGAUCCCAGACAGGAACCAUUUCUCCCGUGCCUGAGGUUGACAUGUAGAAAUAUUCAUAUUAGGACAAUAAACUUACAUUCAAUUCCAAAAUGAAA